AUGCCACUUUGUAAUCAAUAUUUGGAUACUAAUAGAGACAGUUGUCCAACUUCAUGGCUCUGUUAUAGCUUUCAAACAUGGAAUAAUUCAUCACUGUGUGCUCCUCAAGUGCUCUGCUCAACACUUGAACCAUGUAUCAAUGAUAAAAAAUGUCAAGUAAGUAGCUCGGUAUGCGUCGUAAACAGUUGUUGUUCAACGCCAGUCUGUAUGCCAUUAGCAUUGAGUAAUUUAUGUACAGUAACAGCAAAUAUUGCAGUUGGUCGUAUUUGUUCAUCGGCCACUUGGCAACAAAACUCAACAACAUAUUUCCAGGAUGUAUGGCACAAUUAUCUCCAUAGCCAUGAUUUUUUUCUUGACUCAGACAAUAAUAUUAUUAUGAGUGAAUAUUGUGACAAUCGUAUUGUCAAAUAUUCAGGAAAAAAUAAUACUAUUGCUACUCUUCUUGCCAAUGGAAAUUCAACAUAUUAUAUGGAAGCAAUGUUUGUACAUCCUUCAGGAAUAAUAUAUACAGUAGAAAGUCGAUACAAUUAUUCUUCAUAUGAGAGAUUAUAUCGCUUUCAACGAUACACAAAUGUUGAUGGUCUCGCAGGAACUACUCUAUUUGGAGAUACAAGCUGUGGAACAGCAGCAAAUCAAAUAUGUGGUUGUAAGAGUCUUUUCGUUGAUACUCAAGGUGGAAUCUACUGUAGUGAUAGUCAAAAUCAUCGUAUUGUCAAAAUUAUUCCUUAUACAUCAACAAUAAUUAUCAUUGCCGGCGCAACGAAUGGCUCAAUGGGAUAUGGAACGAAUGAACUUUACUAUCCUUCAUCGAUAUUUGUUGAUCAAUCAGGAAACUUAAUAGUUCUAGAUUCUGGAAAUAGCCGUCUUCUUAAGUUUUCACCAGGAAAUCGCAAUGGAACAAUCUUAUUCUCUCCAUAUUCAUAUUCUUGGGGAUCAUAUAUGUAUGUUGAUGCGUUCGGUAUCGUUUAUUACACAUCAUACAGUGGGAUAUACAGAUGGGUACCAGGCGCAACAUAUCCAACGAUGAUUAUUGGUGGAUCAUCAUUUUCAACACUUCGUUUUGAUGUAUAUGGAAACUUAUAUACAAUCGAUAAUUCAAAAAAUACCAUUGAAAAGUAUAACAUUUUUACAAAUAAUUGUUAG